AUGCUUCUCCAGAUCGUUGUAGCAUAUGCUCUAUUUGCAAACCAUGUGCUUGCAGAUAGAAGUGAAAACAUUCUUGUGCUUGCUUUACCGACCUUCAGUCACACUCGUAACCUGAUGGACGUUGUCGGUCAUGUGACUCAAACCUAUGGGUAUUCGGCCACUGUCGUGACAUCAACGACGAUUGCGAGUAGUUUGAAGCUCCAGUCUAACUCUGCUAUCCAUAUCAUUAUUUCCAGUGCACUUGAUAAAGCUGACGUGAAGGAUGCAGAGACAAGAUUAGCUAAAGAAAUAUGUCACUUAAAAGGAGCAGGCAAAAAACCAAGUCUUUCCGAAAAAUGGGAUGUAGUGAAGACAUGCGAUAAUUUUCACAACGACACACUCCUUUUAACACUUCUCAAACGUAAACAAUUUAGGUUAGCCAUUAUUGAUAACGUACCACUUGCAGAAUGUUUUUCCUCUUUCGCUUAUAAGCUGUCUCUACCUUAUAUCUUUUUUGGAGUUCUGUACGACCCUGUAAGAAUGAGAGUUCCAUUUUCUCCAGCUUCGACUCCUUUUUAUUUCCGGUAUGCUCUUAGUGACAGAAUGAGUUUCUUUGAAAGAAUGCAUAAUGUUCUAACAUCUGUUGUAAUGGAAUUGGCUCCAAGUUAUCUAGUGUCACUUACAAAUGUCGCAAAAUACACACCGAACAAGUCUCCAGUCACAUCAACUCAGUUGAUGUCAAACGCUUCUUUUCAUUUGGUCGAAACAGACUUUCUCCUUGACUAUCCCAAACCGUCAUUACCUCACGUUGCGUUUGUUGGAGGGAUUUCUACGACACCGCCUAACACUCUCACAGACAUGUUUCAAACAUUCAUUGAUUCUAGUCAAUAUGGGGCUGUGGUCGUUUCGUUUGGAAGCGGAUUAAAUGGUUUCCCUGAAGAACGAAUUGGGAUUUUUGUUCAAGCUUUUAAACAACGCCUUGAUUUGAAUUUCAUCGUAAAACAUGGCAGCUCAGGAUAUGUAGAGGAUAAUAUCAUGUUUUCGCCAUGGAUACCACAAAAUGACCUUCUAGGUCAUCCUAAGACUGUUGCGUUCAUGACCCAUUGUGGAAACAACGGUCAGUUUGAGGCCUUAUAUCACGGGGUCCCGAUGAUAGGUUUUCCUUUAUUUUCCGAUCAAUAUUACAACUGUGAACGCAUGAGGCAAAAAGGAUAUGGCGUCGUUCUCGAUUUUUGCUCAUGCAGUAUCGAUGACAUUAAGAAUGCUUUAACAAAUGUUACAUCACAGCAUAUAUAUAUCAAUAAUAUAAAGAAUGCGUCACAGAUAUUUCAUAGCCGAACUGAAAGUCCGUUACAACGGGCUUCCUAUUGGAUAGAUCACAUUAUCCGGUACGGAAACAAGUUCAUCCACUCGUACUCGGCAGACAUGCCUUGGUACCAGUACUAUCUUUUAGACAUCCUGAUGGUCGUGGCGAUUUUCGUCUUUCUGGCAGGCUAUAUAGUAACAGUAAUUUUCAAUAAAUGGUUAUGUCUUUUGUAUCAUAUGAAUAACAAUGGUAUUUCAAGUAAGACAAAAAGUAACUGA